AUGGCGGCGGUGAUGGAGUCGUCGUCGGUGCCCGGCGUGGACGGCGGCGAGGGUGCGGAGGGGAGGGUGCGGAAGCCCUACACCAUCACCAAGUCGCGGGAGAGCUGGACCGACCCGGAGCACGACAAGUUCAUCGAGGCGCUCCUCCUGUUUGAUCGAGAUUGGAGAAAGAUCGAAGCGUUUGUUGGCUCCAAGACAGUGAUACAGAUCAGGAGCCAUGCACAGAAGUACUUUCUCAAGGUUCAAAAGAAUGGAACAGGUGAACAUCUGCCACCACCUAGGCCCAAGAGGAAGGCGGCACACCCGUACCCACAUAACAAAGCCUCGAAAAAGGCCCCUGAAGUCGACUUACCACAGCAACCCCCUCAUGUCGUGGAACAAGGGCGUGUUAUACCUAUGGAUGCACCUACUGUCGCUACAAACUCAAGUGCAAACGAGGACACAUUUCCUUCCUGGGACGAUGUUCUUACCCAACCUUAUAGCCCAAGACACACACAAGAUUUAGGCACCGCAAAUAACAGCUCGAGUAGCAUAGAGUGCCAAUCUGGAACUUGGCCAGCUUCUGAUGCGAUUGAGCAAGAAAUUUGGCCAACUUCCGAUGCGAUUGAGCAAGAGAUUGUACUUCCAGCACUGCAUGCCAUGCCAGACUUUGCUCAAGUAUACAACUUUCUUGGGGGCGUAUUUGAUCCAGAUACAACAGGACAUUUGCAGAAGUUGAGAGAGAUGGAUCCUAUAGAUGCUGAAACGGUACUACAACUGAUGAAAAAUCUAUCGGUAAACCUGUCUAGCCCGGACUUUGAGACACACAGGAGGAUGCUCUCGUCGCACGGUGGCGGCAUGGGCCAAGCCAGGCACGAGAGCGUAGGAGAUCCGGGGUCUCUACUCAGACCCUUCGCGUUCCAUUCAUGUAAUCUCUAG